CUUUACAUGUAGUCAGUCUUAUUAAGGAAGAACAGGUCGUCUUGGCAAGAUGGCCUUCCGUACGGUGCUUCUCCUGCUUUCACUCGUAGGCUGUGGCCUCUGUUGGAAGCGCCCUAUCAACUUCCCCGGUGUGAGGGACGAGUGGCCACCCAUGCCCCUCCCUGGGAUAGACGAUAACGCCAAUCAGAUUACCUGUGACAUCUGCGUUGUGGUAAUCGGAGAAGUGCAGUCGCUGCUAAAGAACGAGUCCUCCAAGAUCACUGACUUGCUUGAUGAGCUCUGCGCCGAUCUGCCGUCCGAUUACAGCGGCACGUGUAAAGAAUACGUGGACGAAUGGACGCCGAUCAUCAUCGAUUUCAUCGAGAACCAGACCCCCGAAGAGAUAUGCCAAGACAUGACCCUCUGCGACUCUUCCGAGGUCGAGACUCCCCAGCUGACCCGGUUUGGCCUCGGCCACUUGAUGCGCUUCGUCCGCAGGUCAUUCAAGAAAAAUUUCAACCAAAUGAUGAUCAAGAAUGCUCUUGGGAACAACUUCUUAUGCACUGGGUGUGAAACAGUCGUCUCUGAGCUGCAUGAUCUUCUUGCCAACGAACAACUCUGGGACGAAAUCACCGCGUUGUUGGCCGAGGGAUGCGCCAUCUGUCCGGUGGAGGCGCAGUGCCGAGCGUUCCUCAAAAAUCUCCCCGCCGAACUCAAGGCGUUCGCCGACAAUGAUUUGAAUAAUCAGACCUGUAAGAUCAUUGGCUUUUGCCCUUCCAGCCGUCCAGAUGACCCGUGGGAUAUGUUCAGCCAAUUUUUCCCGGGUUUCCUCCCAGACUUUGAUGCCGACUUCAAACCCCGCGGGCCCUGGUCCAGACGCCGUCCCCGCCCCGACACCGAGCCGGCGCCGAGGCGUCACCCGUUCAGGCCCUUCUUCGAACGCGACCGCCCCGACCAUGGUCGAAAUCGCAGCGACACGGAAGACCAUGAUCACAAGCACUGGCCCUUUCCCCGACGCGACCGCCCCUACCACGGUCGAAAUCGCACUGACACAGGGGACCACGAUCACCAGCACUGGCCUUUUCCCCGACGCGACCGCCCCUACCACGGUCGCAAUCGCAGCGAUACCGAGGACCGCGAUCACCAGUACCGUCCCCACGACCGUGACCGCGACCACGACCACGACCACGACCACCCGCACGGCCGGGACCACGAUCGCCCGCACGGCCGAGACCACCCACACCACCGCCGCGACCGGCCGCACCGCGGUCCUCACCACGGUUAUCGUCCCGACGACAUGCCCGUGCCCGAUAUCCGGCCGUGGUGGAAACCGGGCAUGAAACCGCUCAAACCGGUGGAUGUUAGACCGACCCUGCCCGCAGAACCUCUGAAUCUGGAGGAUGAAAUUCCCGACUUCCACAAUCCUAUCAACGUGGAAGUACCCGUCAACGACGACAUCCUCAACGUGGAAAUCCCCGACGUCGAAAUCCCCCGAGUCCCGGAAGUCGAUUUCCGGCCGGAUCCCAGAGACCCCUUUGGUUUCAACCGCCAGGACAACCGGCCGCGCCCCCAGGGAACCAAGAACUGGAAGCCGCACCUCGAGAACCGUAAGGGGGCAUCACCAGCAAAGCCUUGGUCUCGUUGGGGAAGUAGAAAGCAGCGCUCGAUUGCCAUCGACACUUGGUUCAAUACUGAUGACUUUGACCAGACCAACACUUUUGAUGUUGAACCAGAAACCGAGAAUGAGGACGAACCCAUGCAGCAGCUAGUUGAGUCGUCUUGGCAGUGCGACGUUUGUGAGUACGAAGUUGAUAUUCUCCAGAGGUACAUGAGAGAGCACGAGGACGCCAUUAACGCGAAAUUGCUUUCACUGGCUAAUCUGUUCUGCGAGAGACUCCCCGCAGCCAGCACUGCCGAGUGCAAGAGCGAGUUUGCAGAGCUUCUGCCCCCCAUCGUUGACAUGCUCAUCGAGACCUAUAUGACUGCAGACACCGUGUGCAGCGCCCUCGAGAUCUGCUAAACCGCACCGAGUGUCAUCCUGUCUUCAGACCGACGUUCUUAUUGGCUUAGAAAGGUGCCGAAAGGCACUUGUGGCCAAUAGGCUAUGAACUUGAUUCGUGUGUGAGGUGGCAUGUUAAGGAGUGUUUAAACGUUAGGAAAAACAGCCAUUUUUAUAUUUUAAUAAUGAAUCAAUGCGUUGCCGACUCCAUGUAACCGCAAGGAUUUACAUAAGUUAGUACAUGUAUACUGCAGCGAGCGUACUAGUCUAAAGCCGAUUAUGUUUUACCAAGUACUGCGAUAUUGUGUAUGUGCCCCAGGAACAAUGUACCCAUCUAUACGUUCGUUAAAGUCUUCCAGCAAGCAAUAUAGUCUGGUACCUGUGAAGUGGAGCAGCAGUUGCAGUUUUAGUGUAAGGAAAGUCGCUCUGUACGCACUUAAUAUUUUUCAACCGUGUGCCGACUGUGUAUUGUGGUACAGGUGAUCCUGACAUCUUCCAUUUUUUUUCAUUCCUAAAAUAGUCAAAUGUAUGCUUCACGGAGGGAUCUGGUAACAGGAUUUAAUACUCCAACGGAAUAUUCCAUUCAGUCUCCCAGGGUAUAUCUUAUCAGUUACAUGUACAUGCAAAGCAAAAUAAUAAACAUGCAUUACUUCUAAAUUUUCGGUCUUUUUUCGUACUCGGUUAUCCAACUUCGUGUUGAAUUUGUUUAUUAAAUAAAGCAAAACGAUACUUAAA